UUUGAUCAUGCCCGACUAUUCGGAGCAAUGAUGUUGCCUCGUCAAGGACCAUUCUAUUUAUACAGCUAAUAAACGACAACAAUAAAAUGCAUGCUGUGAACGAAUUAUGAAUAUCUAUCGGAAAUUAGUCCAGAACAAACGUAAGAAAAUGUUGAUAUUCACGGUGCUUUUACUGGUCUUGCCAUUCGUUUCCCAAACUGGAGCAAUAAAUUUGACUUAUAUAUUGAAGAAACAUAAUGGCAAACCCAAACCGAUCUGUCUGGCGCAGGAGGUUGAAAGAUACCAAGGGGUGGGAUGGAUCUAUCCCAUACCAGAAAGUGAAGACGAUUCCCCAAGACUAACGAAGAAAAUCCUACCGGAUUUAUCUGUAAACCUGUUCGAUUGUGAUUUUUCGAAGAAUAAUGAUUGUAACAUGGUGUGGAGAGUAAAGGAUUGGCAACUGGACGAAGAUUCAAUAAGAAUCUACGAUUUUAUUGAUGAUGAUAGAUGGGAAGGUUUACCUACAAUAUUCACUACGAGUGCUACGAAAAGCUUCGACGUGCAAGUUCCGAAUAUAUUUAGCCUUGGCCUAACAAUUCGUGCUAAAAAUGGUGUUAAAAUAUCCAUAUGCAAUGGCUGGAAUCCCGACAAUUAUCCUUGCUAUUACAUAAACAUUGAACAAUUUACAAUCUCGCUACAAAAGCGUAAGGAGCUGAAGAAUGUAAAGAAUAAUGCCACGGUUGAGCUUGAUUCGUACGAGGUAUUAUCUAAAAUAAUUUCAGAGGAUGAAUGGAGAAAUUUUAUAUUAAAUUUCAACGCAAAAGGACAACUAACUUUAAUCGACGUCACUCUGAAUAGAACAGUUAUUGAUUAUCAAGAUCAAGAAUUUUUGAAGCCUAUAUACGUUAUGUUGAGUAGUGAACAUCCAGCUUUGUGGAAAGUUCAUCAAAAUCACUUUUUAUAUACUAAGGUAAAUGGUACAUAUCGCUUGGGUCCUCGAGUUCCACUUUCUUCAAAUAAUAUGUGUGUAUCGUUGUAUGUGUCCACUUGCGCAAACUGCGAAAUGAUCUUUUACACAGUUAACCAGGACCAUACAAGAAGAACUUUAAAACACGUGGGUCCAACAGGAGAAUCACAGUGGGAGUUGAUUAAAUUAAAACAGGAAAAUAUACAGGAUACAUUUACAGAUAUAUUUGUGCAAACAAAAUUGAGAGGUUACUCUGUAAAUCAAACGGGAUUUUGGGCAAUUGAUGAUAUUCGGAUUUGCCAUGAGAACGAAGUAAAAAUAAUUUACUUAAAUUACGCACAAGACAAAAAACUUAAUAAAACUGAAGAAGACUCCAUAUCUUGCCAGUUAGUGUCCAGACCCAAUUGGAGACCGAAGAAAUUGUUGUACAAUGAUGAAAAAGAUUUUCCUGAUAUUGAGCACAAUUCCACUAAAAACUCUAUUUUGUUGAUGUGGAAAGAUGAAGAUCCCAACCAUCAAAUGAAUUAUUUUGUUACUUAUCAGGGUAAAGACAUUUGUGAACAUCCACCAUACAACAUUAAAAGACGUAAAUCCAAUGGGUUCAAGAGUACUACUUAUAAUCAGAUGACAUUAGAAAACUUGGAACCCUAUACCAAAUACGACAUUACUGUAUCUUCGGCGCUUCAUGAUGUUGAUAAAAAAUUGCAAGUUACUACUUUAGAAGAAGAAAAGGUAACCAUUAGCGAACUACCAGGAAUUCAAACACAACCGAAUGAAACGUACGUUACUGUGUUUUGGGACAAAAUUGACUGUAGAAACGUUUAUGGUCACAUUUUCUAUUCUUUAUCUAUCACCAACAAAACACUUAAUUUUUCCAAAGAAUUAAAUCUGAAAACAGAAAAUUCUUAUAUAAUCGACGGUCUUUCACCGUUCACGCGGUACAAUUUAAAUGUUCGGGUAGGAAGAAAUGAGUAUGAUUUUCAGGAACACAAGACUACCGAUUUAUCGCAAGUUUUCACAACUCUUUCAGGAGCUGCUCCUUCCGUUGAAAAUUUGGAAAUUUACGCAAUAGGAAACAACAUUGCCUUCCUCAGGUACAACUUACCCAAAGAUACAAGGGGUGUUCCAUCCGGCAUUAGAGUUGAUAGAUGUAAUGCACUGUCAUUUAAGAAAUGUAAGUCAUUAUUUUUUGAUGUCAAACCAUGUGUAAUUUGGCCGUACAUGUACUGCCUUACUAUAAAUAACUUAAUGGAGCUCCAGCACUAUAAUUUUAAAGUAAGUCUGAAGAAUUUCAAUACCAUAACGUAUGGUAAAGAAGUGGUGGUUUCUGGGUAUGCCGUGGAUAAAAUUCCUGGAACUCCGACAAAUAUUACUUACGAAGUUGUGGAUUGUCAAGAAAUUGAAGAUUAUUGCAAUUUAAAUGUGUCCUGGCUACAUCCUUAUUAUCAAAAUAGCACAAUUACUUCGUUUCACAUAAAUUUGAAUAGUACCAAGAAAAAUAGCGUAACUAAAGAACACGAGAUUAUUCAUGAAGUUAUGAAAAUUUUUAAUAAUUCGUAUCAAGCGGAAUACACAUAUCAGAUUAAGUAUUUGCCAUUUAGUACUAGCUAUGAUUUGACUGUUCAAGCAAUAAAUAAAGGCUUUAAAAGUGGAUUGGCUAGGGCUGUAGUGAAAACUGAUAAUAUUGGGGAUCAUAUUGAUCAAAGCCCAACUUUGUUAAGUAAAUGUGAUUCUACGGUAACUUUUAAGUUACCUUCCUUGGACAGAAGAUUAGAGUAUUACAAUUUGACUGUAAUUGUCCAGGAUUUCAACAAAGGCAUAAAUGUGAAUUUGAAUAAAUUUCCGAAGAAGAUCUCAGACAAUUUGUGCCAUUUUAUUGGGGACACUUGGAUCUCAAAGAGUAUCAAGAUUACAUCAAAUACUUCUAAGACUAUAGUAAUAGGAGAGGCUGAUGAAUUGGACAAAAUAACGUUAGAUGUCGAUAACAAACCUCUGAAGCCCGACACCAAGUAUUGUUUUACCUUCAUAGUUACCAAUAGAUACAGAAAUUCGGAUCAUGAUGUUAUGUUUUACGAAACAGCCGUCACGCAGAGCUGCAAACCGGAAUCGAAAGCUGCUUCAUCAGGUUCCAGCCAUCAACAUCUUUACGCACUGUUAUUUUUGCUACUGGUUGUACCUAUAGGACUAUUUACCUAUUGGUAUAUUAAAAAACGAAGGAAUAGGCCGAUAAAGACCAAUGAACCUCAAGACAACGUUUAUGAAUCACUGCCAUUUGAAGAUUGUGAAGAAAAUAGCGUUACAAAUUUUACUUACGAUAAACUUCUUCAUAAGUAGCUUUGCCAUAUAUGUAGUUUACCUGUACUUAUCUGUCUGUGAUAACAUCUGUAGAUACUAAUACAGACUUUCGUUUUUACUUAUGUAGUUUAUAAUAAUAAAAAAACUGUGUUUAAAUCGAAUAUUUAUUAGCCAUUCAGUUCAUAUAAUGUACUACUAAUUAUGUUUUAAUAAUUAAAAUUGUCUCGUAUA